CCUCCCUCUCUGCUGAGUCCUGGUGCGGCAGGAGCAGCUGUCUGCACCCACUGCUGCACUCCUCUGUCGGACUAAUGAGAGGGAAGCAGGCAGUGUGACGAUACACACUGAGUAUUCACAUGAGAGAAGUGAAGAAAUCCAGCAGUGAAGAUGAAAAGCCACUGGAAAAUUACAGCUUUCUUUUACCUGUGUAGUUUUCUGUGGUCUUUCAUCUCAGCCACCAUCCAGCACCAAUCAAGACUACCAGUUAUUCUGGGUGCCAGUCACAGAACUGAUAUCUGCCCAACAAUCAGGAUUGGUCAAGAUGACUUACCAGGCUUUGACCUGAUUUCUCAGUUCCAAAUAGAAAAAGCUGCUUCCCAAGGAAUUAUCGAAAGAGUAGUGGGAUCCACUUCUCUACAAGUGGCUUAUAAAUUGGGACCCAAUGUAGACUUCAGGAUACCAACCAGUGCCAUAUAUUCCAACGGAUUGCCUGAUGAAUAUUCCUUUCUAACUACUUUUCGGAUGACUGGGGCCACACUUCAGAAAUAUUGGACUAUUUGGCAGAUUCAGGAUUCUUCAGGAAAAGAACAAGUUGGAGUGAAUCUCAAUGGUCAAGUGAAAAGUGUUGAGUUUUCUUAUAAAGGAGCAGAUGGAAGACACCAAACGGCAUCAUUUUUGCAUCUGCCUUUCUUGUUUGACUCCCAAUGGCACAAGCUUAUGAUAAUCGUGGAAGCAAACAGUGUCACACUUUUUAUUGACUGUAUUAAAAUAGAAUCCUUAAACAUAAAACCAAAAGGGAAAAUCAACACUGAUGGCUUUGCUGUGCUUGGAAAACUUAAAAAUAAUCCUCAAAUUUCAGUUCCGUUCGAGAUCCAGUGGAUGGUGAUUCACUGCGACCCCCUGCGACCCCAGCGCGAAGGCUGCGGCGAGCUGCCGGCUCGGAUAACCCAGACGGGAAUCGAGAGAGGUCCCCCUGGUCCACCAGGCCCCCCAGGUCCACCAGGGCCACCAGGAGUUCCCGGUAUUGAUGGCAUUGAUGGGGAGAGAGGCCCGAAGGGCCCCCCUGGUCCACCGGGUCCAGAUGGGGAUGCAGGCAAACCAGGAUCCCCUGGGCUGCCUGGAGAGCCGGGAGCUGAUGGAUUCACUGGACCUGAUGGCUCACGUGGAGCCCCAGGACCAAAAGGACAGAAGGGGGAGCCAGGACUUCCAGGUGCUCGUGGACUUCCAGGCAAGGGGCUUCUUGGACCACCUGGUCCAGCAGGUGCAGCAGGACUUCCCGGGGAAGUAGGUCGUGCUGGUCCACCUGGAGAUCCAGGAAAAAGAGGGCCACCAGGGCUACCAGGACCUCCAGGUCCUCCAGGAACUAUCGGCCUGCAAGAUGGUGACCUGUUGUGUCCCAGUGCUUGUCCACCUGGCCGUCCAGGACAUGCUGGCUUAAUGGGUAUGAAGGGGCAAAAAGGUUCAAAAGGAGAGUCUGGUGAACCAGGAAAACAAGGUUAUAAGGGUGAAGAAGGGGACCAAGGACCCAGUGGUGAAGUGGGAGCUCAAGGCCCUCCAGGCAUUCUAGGUAUCAGAGGUAUAACUGGCAUAAUGGGACCUAAAGGUACCAAAGGAGCUCGUGGUCUUGAUGGUGAUCCUGGUCCCCAAGGUCUUCCUGGUGCACCUGGGGAUCAAGGACAGAGAGGUCCACUAGGAGAGACAGGUCCAAAGGGAGAAAGGGGUCCUCAAGGUACAAGAGGAAUAAAUGGCCUCCCUGGGCCUAAAGGAGAGCCUGGCUUACCAGGAGUUGAUGGCCGUGAAGGGAUCCCUGGAAUGCCUGGAGCUAAAGGUGAACCAGGAAAACCUGGAGCUCCAGGUGAUAUAGGGCUCCAAGGAUUGCCAGGUUUACCAGGCUCUCCAGGUAUGAAAGGUAUUCCUGGCCCAAAGGGUAAUAGAGGUCCUCCUGGGGUGCCAGGGUUAAUGGGAAAUCCUGGUAAACAGGGUCAACAGGGCCCAGAGGGAGAAGCAGGUCCAACAGGACCCCGGGGACCACCAGGUAGCAGAGGGGAGACAGGUCCUGCAGGUCCUCCAGGUUUACCAGGGAAAUUGGGUCCCCAGGGUAAUAUUGGACUUCCUGGACUCCCUGGUCCUCCAGGCCUUCCUGGUGGUAAAGGUGACCGGGAACACAUGUUUCUAGUCAAAUGAUCAGUGUUCCUGUUUCCAAGCCCACAUGGACCAAUCCUCACCACGUCACCCUGUCCCUGUGUGGGUUUUCAGGUUGGAAGAGGAGGUCACAGCCUAGGCCUCUGCCUCCUUUGGAGCCUGAACCAGACUGCCACUAGUCUGGGCAAGGAGCUGUGUGCGUCAGGCACACACCUGACAUAGUCUAGCAGAGAGAGCAGGACAAAGCAAUGUAAGAGCAAUGGCUUACGUUUCAGUGAAUCUUACGGGGUGGUUAUGCCUACGCAACACGGAUAAUGCCCAAACCCCAGCAUUCACCACUUAGAGUGUUUCUGAUUCAUGUAGUUUGGACUGGUUUCAUACACUUGGGUUCUGUCUAUUUUAGUAAGUUAAACAGCACCAAGGCAAGUGCCAGACCCUGGCACAGCAACACAAUCCUUUAUGCUGCUAAGUGGUUAAAGUAGCCCCUGGUACAGUUUUGGAUGAUGCUGACAGGCAGUUUUGCAAAUAAUUCUUGGGUAUGAUUUGAGAAGCAUUUUUGCAAAUAGAUAGGCAGUAGGUGAAGAAAAGUGAGUAUUUUCAUAGUUUGACAUCUUGCCUUAGUGCCUCCGUUGAAAUUUUUGGAGUCAAUGUGGAUUCAGAUAGUUUCAGUUACGAUUUUUGUAUUUGCUAAUGCAAACACUGCAGGCCAAGGCUCACAAAAAGCAAUCGAUUCUUCUAUGUCAGCCUUCUCUAUUGGCAGUUUUAUUGCUCUAAACAAGAUUAAGGGGGCAGAAAGAAUCCCCAAAACAAUGUUAGGUUGGAAACCAAUAUCUUUUUUGUGUAACUGGGAAACCUUAACAAGGCACAAUGUUGAGAACACUUCAAACAAAAUAGUUUCAGUGUUGACAAAGUUGGAAUGUUAAACAGUUCUGUGAUUUAUACUGCUUAUCUUUGUGGAUAAUUUAUUAUUAGCUCUUCAUCUUCAAGAACAUGAGAACAUGUCAGAAUUCAUUAAUUUCAUAAAACUCACACCAGUCUAUGUGUCUGUAUCUUAUGUGAAUUAAAUGGAUCUCUGAAAUGAGAGAGAAACUGCUGCAUGUCUGUCUGUUUUACAGAAAAAAAUAUCAUGCACAGUUAUAGUUCUUUUGGAAUGCAUAUCUUUGAACAUGUGCAGACUGCAAAGAAUAUUAAAAGGAUGGUGUGACUGGUUUUCCAACAGAAUACAAAUACAAAAAGAUUGUCCUAAAUGAUAAACUGUUCUACAAAUUUAAUAAUUUUGAUAUAGAGAAAAAUUACAUCUGUUUGAAAUGAAUUAGGUCAUUAAUUUAUUACUCCUUAUUUCCUGCCCGUCCACACAGGUACGUUUUGUUAGAGGAUUCUAAGAUGAAACAUAAUCUAAUUUCUUUUGAAAAAGGCAUAUUAACUCUAAGAUACAAGCCUUUUGACACAGGUUUGCUAAAAGACAUUGAGAAUUGAACAGCACACAAGACAAGAUUGAGACUGUACUUGUGAAUGUCUCUCUGCUUAUCCCUCAUUAGCAGGGCUACUAUAGCCUUCAGCAAUAUGGAAUAUAUAAUAGUGCUAGAAAAAGUGAUACACUUACUGGAUUUAUUUACUUGUAUCUUGUAACCAAUUCUCAGAGCAGACCAGUAGCAUCUGCAAAAGCAUUUGUCAUUUAAAGGGGACAUUUUCUGUUUGACACUCAGAAUCUGUACCGUCCAGUGUGGUGAUGGAUUAUAUGUUCCAAACUAGUACUUUCCUUCAGUCUGUCACAUAAAUUGCAUGGUAAGACUUAAGUGCUUUCAUUGUCAUUCUUAAAAAUUUGCAGCUUUAAAGGUCUCUUGCAUGAAUGUGAAAUUUAGGAUCAAAGAACAUUUAAUGUGCUUUAGAAUCUAGAGUUUGAAAUUCUGAAAUAUUUUUUUUUUUUGAAAUCUUUAACC